CGGCAUUUUUCGAUAAAACCAAAGGCGCGAGCUGCACCGGCACAGUCCUGCGGCACCCUCCCGACGGAUCAACAACAUGUACACCCAGCACCAGAAGAGGCAGAAGACUUACGGAGGAAGGCAGACUCCUGUCACCGACUCUUAUGAGUUCUUCCCAGGAGUCACCCGGGUCGAGUACCGUCCCGGUGCGAGUGCGGAAGACUCGCUGUGCUUCCGUCACUACAACCCCUCCGAACGGGUGCAUGGCCGUACCAUGGAGGAGUGGUUCCGCCCCGCGGUCUCAUAUUGGCAUGCCUUCAGCUACCAGGGACUGGACCGCUACGGCAUGCCCGCCUUCAUCCGUCCAUGGGACGAGGCCCCCAACUCCCUGGAGGCCUGCAAGAGGCGUGUCAGGGCGGCUUUUGAGUUCUUCUCGAAACUUGGUGUGAGGUACUGGACUGUCUUCGACCGCGACCUGACCCCAGAGGGCUACACCUUGGAGGAAUCUUUCCAGCAGCUGGAUGAAGUCAUCGACCUGGUGCAGGAGUUGCAGCAGCGCACCGGAAUCAAGCCCCUAUGGUUUGGCUGCAACCUCUUCUCUCAUCCCAGAUCAUACGGUGAAUCCCAUGCACAUCAAAGAUGGUAUGCCAACGGCGCCGCCACCAACCCUGACGCCCAUGUCGCCGCCUACGCCGCGGCCCAGUGCAAGAAGGCCUUCGACAUCGCCAUGAAGCUGGGCGCCGAGAACUUCCUUCUGUGGGGCGCCAGGGAGGGCUACCACAACCCCAUGGUCGCCGACCUGCCCAGGGAGAUGAGGAACUACGCCAAGUUCCUCAAAAUCGUCGCAGACUACAAGGACAAGCACGGCUUCAGGGGUAACCUGCUGAUCCGUCCCGGACCCCACAGGGAGAGUCGCUUCUAUAACUCGGAACACCGCUAUGAGAGCGAGGACUGCGACACCUUUGGCAGGUACGACUACGACGCCAUGAGCACCUUGUGUCUGCUCAAGCACCACGGCCUUGAGCGGCAGUUCAAGCUGCACGUGUACCCUGGCAGGGACCACCUCUUCGCCUCUGCCAUGGGCUACCUGGGCUGCAUCGAGUACGAAUCAUACCACGAGGAGUACUUUGGUGACUUUCGCUACAACGGCGAAACCACCGUCAUGAUGAAGAACUUCAUCGACCAGGCCUCCGUGUCGAGUACUGAUUCCGAAUAUGACGAGUUUCAGGGUGGCAUCCAGCCUGGCGGCGUCUCCCUGGCCCUGCGCCCUAGACGCGAGUCCCACGACUUCAGGGACCUCUUCCUGAUGUACGUGCAGAGUCUGGACACUCUGGCCAAGGGACUGAAGACGGCCGUCCGCCUCACCAGCGAAGGACACUUUAGCCGACACUUGCAGCAGCGAUAUUCUGGCUACCAGUCCGGAAUUGGGGCGAGACUAGCCAGCGGGGAGGCGAGCCUGGAGGAAUGCGACGAGUUUGUGAAGCGCCACGGAGAGCCCAACCCCCCGUCGGCCCGCCUCGAGCACUGGAACUCGGUUUUCCGCUAUUACAACGAGCACUAAGACGCGGCAUCAAGCAAUUUUGUUUCUUGGUUUCGGAAAAUUGUAUUUGAACAUGCUGUUCUAGCGACACACUGCUUGGCGCUUGUUGAAGAUGCAAAAUAAACACGUUGAUGGGGUUCAAUUCAAAUUUCAAA